GUGACAGAUACACACCCGGAACCCUAGAGUCCGCACACACCGCUUCCGUCCUCAUAUACUGCUGAGAGCGUGCUGCUGCAGACAUGGAUCCCUUCACAGAGAAAUUGCUUGAAAGGACGCGAGCCAGGAGAGAGAAUCUUCAAAAGAAGAUGGCCGAUAGACCCACAGCUGGAUCACGGACGGCAGUAUUAAACAAAAGACCUCUUAUAGAGACCAAUCGUCAGCCACCUGUACAAGCUGAAGAAGAGAAACCAUGCGCAAAACCAUCACCCUCAAAAAAGCGCUGCUCUGAUGAAAACAAAAUAUUAGGGACUGAGAACAAGCAACCAAAAAGCCCAGUGAUUGUUAAAAGUACACAGCCAGAGAUUGUUGCGCACCCACAAGUGAAACCCACAGUACAGACUCCACCAAGAACCACUGUAACCACUAAAGAAGAGCUGAAUUCUCCAGAUCAUGAAGCGUCUUCAAUAAGGACUCGUAUGCAGAGGCUUGCUGAUCAGCGGAGAUAUUGGGACAAUAAUGGGAGCCCUUCAAAUUCCCCUCCUAUUGCCAAUCCACCCAAAGAAAUUGUACCUUCCCCACCGAAGGCACAGGCUUCUGUCAUUAACAGUGAAACUCCCAGGGGCCGUAGAACUCGUUUAGCUAACCUGGCUGCCACGAUCGGAUCCUGGGAAGACGACUUGAGCUAUCCAAGUGUUAAACCAAACAAUACACAAGAAAAGCCUGGUACCGCUUGUUUAUCGAAAGUGGCCUCUGCCAGUGCAGCAUCUUCCAGCAUCAAUAGUCAUACUGUCAGGCAGGAAGCUGCAUCACAAAAACCCAAAGAGGAGUCUGUGAUAAAAGCCACGCUCCCUAGCACGCUGGUGUCUACACGUUCUGAAUCAAAACUUUCAAGCUCUACAGUAGCAAACACAAUUAUUGAUGCAUCUAAACCAAUAGCGGAUAAAAUCACAAAUGUUGUUCCUUCCAAGCUGAAAGAGAAGAAUGAACCAUCAGUUCAGAUAGAGAAGUCUUUGUCAGCCAAUGUAUCUACCCCACAGAGGGUCGAGAGGCCAACCUCUAAAAUAUUCACCAAUUACCAGGCAACCCCUAGGGAAGAAAAUAGCAGGGCAACACCUGUAGCGCAAAAGGAAAAGACUGCAACAGGUGGUCCAGGAGUUAAGUCCUUUCUGGAGCGAUUUGGGGAGAAAUGUCAAGAUCGCAGUCCAGCACCUGUAAACACUGGACCAAAGUCUUCGUUGCUGACACCAACAACAAAGAGUAUCCACGAAAGGCUUCUAAAGCAGAAUGAUGUGUCCAGUACUGCUAGCUUAACACAGCAGCAGAAAAAGGAACGUGAGAAGGAACUUGCAGCUAUUCGCUCCCGGUUUGAGAAAGGCAGUGUCUGGACUGCAGAUAAGGAAGACCCAGCUAAAACCAAGCAUCAAGAGACUCAACGGGAAAUUCAAGCUCAUCCAGUCACUUCUAGCAAGCCACCGAAGCCAAAUGUAAUCUCCAAUCCAGUUUCUGAGAGAGUGCCUGCUUCGCCACAGAAGGGCAUAGCAAGUGGCUCCCAACAAAAGAUGGCUGGCCGUGUUAAAAGUCCUGAGAAGUCUAUGCAACCCUCUUCAGUGUCCCUGGAGAAGCAAGAACCCAACAAUGAAGUGAAGUCUGGUGGAGAUAAAGUGGAAAUGAUACAAGAGAUUCAGAUGAAUGUAGAUAGAAGUAUUAAUGAGCCUAACAGUUCAGAAGUCAUCAACAGCAUUUUUAGUGAUAAUCUUGAAAAUGAGGAGGAAGAAGCUGUAGGUGAUGCAUCUACCCAGCAGGUGGAAAGGGUUGGAGAUGAUAUAGAAAGCAAUAAAGACAGAGAUGACCGUUCUGAUGAUGAAGAUGAUGAUGCACUCAACAUUUCCUCAAUGUCUUUGCUUACUCCACUAGCAGAGACUGUUGGGGUUGGAAGUCCAGAGGCACUGCUUUCUCUUUCACUAUCGCCUUCCAACGUCGAUGCAGAGACUAGUGCAAGUUGUGAUAGCCCUAAAUCAGUAAAGUUCCAACGGACCAGGGUACCCCGAGCAGAAUCGAAGGACAGUUUUAAAUCCAUAGAGGAAAAUCAAAACCUCUUGUACAGCAUCGAUGCAUACAGAUCACAGAGAUUUAAAGAAUCCGAUCGUCCUCCAGUAGUGCAAACAAUUGUGCGCAAAGAAGAUGUGUCUUCCCGAAUGGAGGAUGUAACGUAUGCAUCUCCUCGGCAUGUUAAUAUCAAACAGAAGCUAAAGAUUUUAAAUAAUGAAAUCAUUUUGCAACAAACUGUGAUUCACCAGGCCAGCCAGGCUCUUAAUUGCUGCACAGAUGAGGAGCAUGGUAAAGGAACACAAACAGAAGCAGAGGCAGAACGCUUGUUGUUGUUUGCAACUGAAAAAAGAGUAUGUUUACUUGCUGAGAUAAACAAGUUGAAGAGUGAAAGUGCUCAGAAGAGACCGCAGCCUUAUGACAACACUCCAUCCAGAGGCCUAAUAUCCCUUUCUGAGAUAUUUCUGCCUAUCAAGCCUGAUUUUAUCUGCAGCACAUCUCAGAGACCAGACGCAGCAAACUAUUACUUCUUCAUAAUCAUUCGAGCAGGAGCAGAAAAAAUGCUGGCAACUCCACUUGCCAGCAUUUCUAGUUCAAUGAAAGGAGAUGCUCUGACUUUUCCAACCACCUUUACUAUGGAAGAUGUUUCAAAUGAUUUUGCAAUUUGCCUUGAUGUGUACAGUUUGGCACAAAAAAAAGAGGGCCCUGCCCUUGAUAAAAGGAAAAAGGCUGUAAAGACUAAGGCAAUCACUCCAAAAAGACUGCUUACUUCUAUUACAAAAAGCAAUAUGCAUACACCAGUCUUGACUAGCCCAGGAGGUCCCAAUGCUGUCCGCACCAGCAACUUUGUUCUUGUUGGAUCUCACAAGCUCUCACUGUCAUCAAUUGGUAACAACAAGUUCCUCUUAGACAAGGUUCCAUUUUUGUCCCCUUUGGAAGGUCACAUCUGUCUAAAACUCAAGUGCCAAAUUAAUUCCUUUCUUGAAGAAAAGGGCUUUCUGACUAUGUUUGAAGAUGUAAGUGGUUUUGGAGCUUGGCAUCGGCGUUGGUGCGUGCUGUCUGGUUAUUGCAUAUCUUACUGGACAUAUCCAGAUGAUGAGAAACGAAAGCAUCCGAUGGGCAGAAUAAAUUUGGCAAACUGCACAAGCAGAAAAAUCGAACCAGCCAACCGGGAAUUCUGUGCCCGACCCAAUACAUUGGAGCUUAUAACAGUGCGCCCCCAGAGAGAGGGUGACAGAGAAACUUUAGUCAGCCAGUGCCGGGACACAUUGUGUGUUACCAAGAACUGGUUAUCUGCAGACACUAAAGAUGAACGAAAUCUCUGGAUGCAAAAGCUUAACCAGGUCCUUGUGGAUCUCCGCAUGUGGCAGCCAGAUGCUUGCUAUAGACCAGCUACCAAAGUUUAAAAAAUUGUGGAUGUUUACUGGCAACUGCUUCUCAUUCUAUGUAUAUGUACAUCCAGUUUU